UUCUUAUUAAAUGCUUAGGCAAAUACCGUCUUUUUUCGUUGUCGGUAACUACUCUCGGAUAGAGCUUGCGAUUGGAUCUCAGUUUAGUCCCCUCCCCUCCCUUUCUCUUGUUCAUCCUCAAGACCCUCGACAAAAUUUGACCGAGGGCAUCAUGUCCUCAGUCAAAGCCUCUGGGAACAAACGACGCCUAUUGCUUGUUACCCAGCAUGGGCCCCGCCCGGGAAAGCGAUGCAUUUAUUUGUUACCCGAGUCCCGAGCUCCCAGGACGAGCACCAGAAAAAAAAGAAAAAAAAAAACCUCCUUAAAUCCUUAUCGGUUAUCGCAGCUCCAGCAGUCUCGAGGCCCUGGCCGCUCAUUGGCCAACGCCGACCGGGGAAAGCUUUCCAUCUGCGCAAUCGCUACAGGUAAGAGGGAAAGCCGACCUUUGUCAAAGAAAUUUCACCGUCAUCGUCAAUCAACCAACCCAUCACUCGUCCAUUUACGAACCUCACGACCGCAUCCAAUACAAACACACCAAAAGACACACAUCGAACCCACGGUAUCUAAGAUGGACGCGUGAGUCGAUGCCACCCUCCCGGGGGGGGAAUCUCGAACUAGAGAUGAACAACACUGGGGAGAGAAAUGGCAUAGCUGACGCGCAUCUCAUCUCCAAAACAGCCUUACCAAGACCGAGGAGGCCCAGCUCCAGCAGAGACUCCAGAAGCGCCAGGUCAAGGAGUUCAUGAACGUACGUUGUUCCGUAUUGUCCCAUCGUCGUGGCCUCUCCCAUAGCCCCCCUUCACCCCCCCCCGGAGUUUCCGUCCUUCAAUCUUGUCCCAAUCGAAUCCCCUUCGAUGAAAUCCAAGGCCUUCCGCUGACGUAUCUGCCAUCUCUCGCCCAACAGCUCUUCGGCAACCUCGUCGACCA